AUGGCCCCCAUCGCUAAGACCGUCUGUGUGGCCCUCGCGGUUUUCGCCCUCGCCUCUGUCGGCGUUCAGCCUGCUGGUGCUCAUCAGCUUAACUCCCGACACGCUGCUGCUGGCGGCAACGUGUACCACAACCUCCACUCCCACUCUCGUCGCAUGCAACGCAAGGUGCGACGUGAUGAUUCCUUCUCCAUUUCCGGCGCAGGUAGUCUGGCCGCUUCUGCUUCUAACGGAGAUGGUUCCUCGUCCGCGUCCAUCUCUGGUUCAGGCUCUAUCAGUGGCUCCACCUCCAAUGAUGGCAGCUCCUCCCAGUCCAAUUCGUCCGCCAAAUCUAGCAGCAUUUCCGACAGCGACCCCGGCAGUCAGAGCAGCAGCCAGUCUUCCGCUCAGUCCAGCAGCAACAGCGACAGUGAAUCCGACUCGGACUCCAACUCCGGCUCCCACGCCAGUGCCCAGUCCAGUGCCCAGUCCAGCGCUCAGUCUAGUGCUCAGUCCAGCGCUCAAUCUAGUGCCCAGUCCAGCUCCCAGUCCAGUGCUGAGUCAAGCGACCAUGCGAGCUCGAGCUCCCAAGCUAGCUCCCACUCUGACUCGCACUCCAGCUCCAAUGCUAGUUCGGGCUCGCAGAGCGACGCCAGCUCCAACGGCUCGAACUCGCAGAACGAGGGGUCCAGCAAAGUCUCGGGCUCCGACUCGUCCUCAGCCAGCCCAACCUCGACAACCUCGGUCUCCGCCUCCAACUCGUUGGCUGCCUCAAGCACUCCGUGCACCGACAGCAAGGCCGGCGCACAGGCUCAGGCAACUAGCGGCUCUUCCAGCAGUACCCAUUCGGGAACUCACUCUGCCACCGCAUCGAACUCAUCGACCGCCUCUAGCACUCACUCUGCCACCUCAUCGAGCGCAUCGACCGCCUCUAGCACUCACUCUGCCACCUCAUCGAGCGCAUCGACCGCCUCUAGCACUCACUCUGCCACCUCAUCGAGCGCCCGCACUGGCAGCGCCUCAGCCACGAGCACCAACUCGGCCGCUGCUGCUGCUGCGACCGCUUCAAGCGACGAUGCUUCUACCGCAACGGCUGCAGAGGUCGACACGGAUGCUGAUGCAAACGGCAGCUCAUCGUCUAAUGCUGACGGAAACGACGACGAGGACUGUGAUGAUGGUGACGAGGACGAGGAUGAGGACGAGAACGAGAACGAUGAGGAGGUUACGGCCACCUCGACGUCCGGCUCAUCUUCCAACUCGAAUGCCGCGUCCGGGUCUAACUCGGCUGUUGUGUCGUCUUCCAACUCGUCUGGUGCAAGCUCCGCCUCGAACACGGGCUCCAAUGGGGGCUCAAACAAGGGUUCUACCGGCGGUUCCAAGUCGGCCUCGUCUUCGGGUGCGGAUGUGUCGAGCAACAGCUCGGGCAGCGCUUCCAAUGCCGGUGCUGGUCCUGUCAGCGCUUCAUCUUCCUCGGCGAGCUCUGGCUCGUCGUCCUACGGCGGCUCGUCCGACAGCGGUGAUGACGAUGAUGACUGUGAUGACGGCGAGACAGACGAUGCCAAUGACGACGAGGACUGCGAUGACGAUGACGGUGAAUCUGUGAAUGCCGCCGAUGAUGACGACGACUGUGAUGAGGACGCUGGUAGCGCUUCUUCGUCCAAUGCUUCAGCAGCAGCUGCCUCAUCAGCUUCGUCCGGAUCGUCGGCUGCCAGCAACCAGCAGCAGGAGCCUCAGCAAGCAGUCGCCACCCCAGCUUCUUCGAGCUCUGCUGCUCCCACAUCCACUUCCCAUGCCGCAGCCUCCUCGUCCUCUGCCACGUCUUCUGCUUCAUCGUCUUCUUCGUCGUCGGCCUCGAGGGCCGCUUCUUCUGCUGCUGCUUCGUCAUCUGCAUCGUCCUCCGCCUCAUCGUCAGCCAGCAGCCUCGCAAACGCCAUCACCGGUGGCUUUGCGACCUUCUUCUACCAGGGGGGCAAUGCUGGUGCAUGUGGCAAAGUCAACGCAGACUCGUCAAAGGUGGCAGCCUUGCAGACCUCGAUGUACGCCAACGGUGCCAACUGUGGCAAGCAAAUCAAGAUCUACCGCGCCGAUGAUCCCAGCAAGAGUGUGCUCGUUACCGUCGCCGAUGAGUGCCCCACUUGCGAGAACAAGCAGUCGAUCGACCUGUCUGUCGGAGCCUUCACGGCUAUCGCCUCUGAGGCCGAGGGCAUGGUCUCGAUCAAGUGGGACUGGGCUUAG